CAGGUUAAUUAAAGAAAAUUAAUUUUCGGAUUCCCUUUUUUCUUCCGCUUCACGAUUUCUCUCCGGUUUUCUCCUUCGUCUAAUCUCUUCUCGCGGGGCGGAGAAUCAGGGCGGAGUUCUGGGCGCUCGCCGGAGCUUUUCCUCGGAUUUUUUUCCCGUGCUUCUUCCCGGCCGCGGCCGCAGUCGGCAUCGCAAGUGCUUGGCAAUAACAAGACGCUAUGAAGUUCUGCAAAGAGGGCAAGGUGGAAGUACUGCAGAAGACAGAGGCACCUUUCGGUUCCUGGAGGCCUGCUGAGAUCCUUUCUGGCAAUGGGCACACCUAUCUUGUAAGCUAUGAUCCAUGUCUGUUUGACGGUAGUCUGGCCAUUGAAAGGGUUCCAAGAAAGGUGAUAAGGCCUUCUCCCCCGUCCCCAGAUGGUCCUGUAUGCUGGGUCCCAGGCGACAUCCUUGAAGUCUUUGACAGCUAUUCAUGGAAGGUUGUGGAAGUCGUGAAAUUGCUUGGUCAUGAGUACUAUCUUGUCAGGCUCCUCGGAUCCUCCCUAGAAUUGAGGGUAGAUGCAUCCAAUCUUAGGACAAGGCAGCUUUGGCAAGACGACAAAUGGGUUGCUCUUCCAAAGGAUUCUGCAAGAUGUGCUGCUGGUUCACUUAGGAGUCGGGCAAAAGGUGGAAAUUCAGGGGGCAGUCAUCUUGUAUUAAAGAACAAGAAUGUGUUUGAAGACAAUAUGUCUCGAGGCAUGAAGAGGAAAACUUCUGCUGCAUCAGCUUUCCCUAUGCAGCGUAGUGAAGUUACUAAGAGAUUUCAGACUUCUCGCAGAGAUGGAGGACGCCAACAUAUUGGUCCUGGAGAUUCUCUUCAUUUGAUGGAUAAGGGCCGAAGUUGGAGGCUUGUAAAGCAUCCUUCGGUAGGUCUGUGUUGAUGGAGGAGUUUGUCACAUGGUUAACUUGGUGACCAAUGUGGCAAUUUCCAUCAAACUUUGGUUCGUAUCUAAUUUUUUCCGUUUUAUAUCUUCCUUUUUUUUAGCUUCUUUUAGGGCUUUACUAGCCCUUGCAAGGAUACUGGACAGGAAAUUUGGGUUGGCAUUAAUGAACAAAUCAGUUAAUGGUAGCAUUCAACAUGCAGCAUGUUUGCAAAAAAGAAUGCUUAUGUCAGUACAGAGAAUUUAUUGGAUAUUCUGACAAUGUCUUUUUCCUGAACAAGGAAAACAAUGGAGUAGUUUUUUUUGGGGGUAACAAAGUAGUAGUUAACUGCACAAUAAUCUGAAUAUGUUCCUCUGUUGGUAAAGGAAGGAAUUGGAUAUCAUAAUUGCACAUUGCACUCUAUGUGAUUAAUCUCUAAAUCAAUAGAAAAAUUGAGUUGUUUAAGUUGAAAAGCUCUAUUAUAUAGGCAUGGAUUAUACGACAAUAACAGUAGAUCAUAGUCAUAGCACGUGUGAUUUGUUAAAGUAGUUUUCAAAGAUUUAUCUUGGCGACAGUACUCUUCAAAUGCUAGGUCUCGGAAGCUCAUCUAUUGAAGUUAAUAGCUGGUUUUUGCUUUGCAAGAGUCCACAUCAGCUAAAUGAUUAUUUGGCACAUUCUGGGGAAUGAGGGAGACUAUCCCUAUUGAUAGACUUAUUAUUGGGUUUUGGCAUGUACAGUGAGCUACACCUGCAACUUACCUGAUGUGGAUAUUGAGAGGUAAGUUAGUAGGCAUAUUAUUUAUCCUCAGUAGGUUUGUUAAUUAUCUCAUACUCCCUCCGUACCUAAAUAAUUAUAGUUGGGGAGAACUAGUCUAGUUCUUCCCAACUACAAUUAUUUAGUUACAAAGGGAGUACAUGAUAGAUAUUACAAGUGUAAAGUAUUUCUCUGAAAAGUGCUGACUCAGAUGUGUUACUACAUGAUCUUUUUGAUAUCCUUACAAGAAGUUAUGGAGACUAGCUUUGUAUUUCAUAAAUGUAAAAGUACUUCUCUGGAAAGUAACGCUUAUUUUCGCCUUCUUACUGUUGUGUGGAUGAGUUUGGGUCUAUGGAUUUACCUACAUGUCCCUUAUAGUUUCUCAGUAUAAAAUCCUAUUCUCUGUCCUGUUGCCACUUUUGUAUUAAAAGACAUUGGGAUGUUCUAUGACUUCUAUGUGUAAUGGCAACGCUUGUUAAUCCUCCUACAGUCAUGUUGUCCGUAUUACAGAUAUUCUUUUUUUCGUCGCACUUA